AAAUAUCGAUAUUUCACAUAUUUUCCGCAUCGCUAUUUCCGGCGCCAACUUACCCUCUUUCCGUUCAGUGAGCGAAACCGAAAAGUCUUUGCUUUGUUCUUAAAUUCAGUAGACGAGUCCCUGAUACAGCAUCAAAAUGGUUAGGGAGAACAAAGCAGCAUGGAAGGCUCAGUACUUCAUCAAGGUUGUGGAACUGUUCGACGAGUUCCCCAAGUGUUUUAUUGUGGGCGCCGACAAUGUGGGCUCCAAGCAGAUGCAGAACAUUCGUACCAGCCUGCGUGGCCUGGCCGUAGUGUUGAUGGGCAAGAACACGAUGAUGCGCAAGGCUAUCCGUGGUCAUCUGGAGAACAACCCCCAGUUGGAGAAGCUGCUGCCGCACAUCAAGGGCAACGUGGGCUUUGUGUUCACCAAGGGCGAUCUGGCUGAGGUGCGCGAUAAGCUGCUCGAGUCUAAGGUUCGCGCCCCGGCUCGUCCCGGUGCCAUUGCCCCCCUCAACGUCAUCAUCCCGGCCCAGAACACCGGUCUGGGACCCGAGAAGACCAGUUUCUUCCAGGCUCUGUCCAUCCCUACCAAGAUUUCCAAGGGAACAAUUGAAAUCAUCAACGAUGUGCCUAUCCUUAAGCCCGGUGACAAGGUGGGCGCCUCCGAGGCGACUCUGCUCAACAUGUUGAACAUCUCGCCCUUCUCGUAUGGCCUGAUCGUCAACCAGGUGUACGACUCUGGAUCCAUCUUCUCGCCCGAGAUCCUGGACAUCAAGCCCGAGGAUCUGCGCGCCAAGUUCCAACAGGGAGUGGCCAACUUGGCUGCCGUGUGUUUGUCCGUGGGUUACCCAACCAUCGCCUCGGCCCCGCACAGCAUCGCCAACGGUUUCAAGAACUUGUUGGCUAUUGCCGCUACCACCGACGUGGAAUUCAAGGAGGCCACCACCAUCAAGGAGUACAUCAAGGACCCCAGCAAGUUUGCUGCCGCCGCCUCGGCCUCAGCUGCCCCAGCUGCUGGAGGUGCUGCCGAGAAGAAGGAGGAGGCCAAGAAGGCCGAAUCCGAGUCCGAGGAGGAGGACGAUGACAUGGGCUUCGGUCUUUUCGAUUAAGCUGGUUCCGGAAUUACCUGGUCUCUUGGCACGUGCGGCUCCCACAGCCCAGCGCUUCUGCUUUCAACAGUUACCCAUUAAGAUCUUUAAUUAUGUGUUAUUUGUGCAAAUAAUUGUCGCGGUUUGACGGACCCAAUGGCAAGUUGCCCUAAACAUUGUAUAAACUGUUUGAAAGCUCA